AUGGCAGAUCAUUUACAGCCAGAGUCGGCUAUUUCCAAUUCCUCCUACUACAGCACGGCUACUACGACCAAACAAACUCCAGCACCCCCAUCAGUUGCCAGUGCUCCAUCAGGAUGGAUUUAUAAGCAAGUUCGCAUCGGUAGAUUUACUCUUCCGUGCUACGCGUCGCCUCAAGUUCAACUUGUCUUGGUCGCACUUGUUUGUUUCCUCUGUGUUGGUAUGUACAAUGCACUCAGCGGUCUUGGUGGUGGUGGUCAAAUUACUGCAAAACCAGCAGAUAACGCAAACUCGGCUCUUUACUCAACCUUUUCUGUGGUCGGUUUCUUCGCAGGUACUUUCGCAAAUCGUCUCGGAAUUAAACUCACUUUGAGCUUGGGUGGUUUGGGUUACUGUAUCUACGCUUCUAGUUAUCUAUGCUACAGCCAUACCCAGAAUACCGGUUUUGUCAUCUUCGCAGGAGCAUUGCUUGGUGUUUGUGCCGGUCUUCUCUGGACAGCUCAAGGUGGUAUCAUGAUGUCUUAUCCACCCGAGGAGUCUAAAGGAAAAUAUAUCUCAUGGUUCUGGUCAAUUUUUAAUCUUGGAGGUGUAUUCGGUGCUCUUAUCCCCCUUGCUUUGAACAUCGAGGAUACCGCAAAUCAUGUUGUCAGCGACGGUACAUACAUCGGAUUCAUCAUUCUCAUGUUCAUUGGAGCAAUCAGCGCUCUGUGCUUAUGCGACGCAAAUAAAGUUCGAAGAGCCGAUGGAUCUCACGUCAUUCUCAUGAAAAAUCCUACAUGGAGCACAGAAAUAUGGGGCCUUUGGUACACACUGAGAAAUAACGUCUACGUCUUCCUCCUAUUCCCAAUGUUCUUUGCUUCCAAUUGGUUUUACACGUAUCAAUUUAAUGGUGUUAAUGGUUCACAUUUCAAUACGCGAACGCGAGCCCUUAAUAAUAUUUUAUAUUGGUUCGCACAGAUCAUCGGUGCUUUCAUAUCUGGUUAUGCCCUGGAUAUUCAAAGAUUCAAGAGAACUACCAGAGCUAGGGCUGGUUUGAUCGCACUCAUCAUCUUAACUGCCGCUGUUUGGGGUGCAGGUUACGGUUUCCAAUCUAGUGUUCCUGAUCGUGAUGUCACCGGUAAAGUUGAUUAUCAAGGCAAGAUGGAUUGGACGAGUGAAGGGUAUGCUGAAGGUUUGGCUUUGUAUGUCGCCUAUGGAUUUUAUGAUGCCGUUUGGCAAUUGUCCGUUUACUGGUUCAUGGGUGCGCUCUCCAACUCCGGUAGAAAGACAGCAAACUUCGCUGGUUUCUAUAAGGGUAUUCAAUCUGCUGGUGCUGCUAUUGCUUGGCGCAUUGAUGCAAUGGAUUACCCUUACUUGACUCAAUUUGCCAUCACAUGGAGUUUACUUGCUGGUUCUCUCGUUGUUGCAGCACCAGUCAUCUUCUUGAACAUCAAGGAAGUAACCUCCAUUGAUGAUGACAUUGUUGACACUGAUCUCAAUUACGCUGAUAUUAUGCCUCAAGCUAUUCUUCUUGAUCAAGAUAAGCAUUAUCUCAACGGUCAUAACAGUUCAACAGAUACCCGUCAUCGAUACAAUUCUACCUCGGAUGAAAUGGAACUUCCUCAUCUCCGUCGUGAAAAGAAUCCCCAAGAUCUCGUUUAA